CGAGACUUCGCACAAAAUGGCAGGAAGUCGGGUUGAAAAGUUCUCUUCUAUUUUUUCAAGACUUCGAGGUCUCUUACAAUCAGGUGCCCUGUCUGAGUCAGAGAAACCAAUAUGGCAUGAUAUAUAUCAAGCCUUUCCACCCAAAGUAGAGCCAAGAAUGGACCGAAAAGUUCCACAGAUUGGAGUGCCAUCUAUCCUUUACAGAGAGGAUACAGUAAGAGCGAAAUUCUACAAUGAGUUUGGUAAUCCUGAUGUCAUUGAUAUGACAAACCACAAUGAAAAAUCUGCAAGUCAAAGGUUUAUAGAUCACUACUACAUUCUUCAAAAGAAUGGUAUCCCUGAGGAAGACCUCUUUGAAAGAGCAAGACUAGAAGUAAAUAAUGAAGGCUUUGUACUCAAAACAAUGGAGCAGAAAAUACAGGAGAAAGAAGCUUCUUUACAGGCAGAAUCUGAGAAAAAACAGCAUGAAGUUAAUCUCUCAACGUUAGCAAGUGACUUACUGAAUAGAACUGAGGAAACCACUGAUGGUGGUGAUUACAUUAUAGAAAAUGACUCAAAUGAUAGGACAACCUAGUGGCUGAAUGAAUUAGGUUCAAGUUUAUCAUUAUAAAGUCCAUCUUGGAGAUAUUAUUAGGAAGAGAAUGGUGCUGUUAUGACCAUAGCAAAUGUCAUGGAUUAAUUGUAUGUAACUAAACUCCAGAUUUGAAAGGGAUAAAGGAGAGUAUCUGGAGGUUGGCCUAUUUUGAUAUGUGUGAAAGAAGUGGAGUUACUGCAUGUACAGAUCUCAGGAAGCUACUGAACAGUGAACAUCCAAAUAUUAGGACUUCAUACUAGCACACACAUGAUUGGAGGAACUGAUCAAUCAGAGAAUAUCCCCAGCAUGCAACUUUCCUGACCAAAACUUAGGAUUGGACGAUAGCGGAUUAUAAAGUUAUUUUGAAUCAACAAACGUGUGAUAUAGAAUGUGUCAUUAUUAGACACACUAAUUUUGACAUGGCAAUCUUGGAUUAAGAGAGAUACAUGUUAUGUUCAUAAACAUCAUAAUAUUUUUAUUUUAUAUGUGGGAGUC